GCGUGCCGCCGCCGUCGCUGCCGCCUCCGCUACCGCUAGUGGAAGAAGAUGGCGGAAGGCGGAGCGGCGGAUCUGGACAUCCAGCGGUCUGACAUCGCGACGCUGCUCAAAACCUCUCUCCGGAAAGGGGACACCUGGUACCUAGUCGAUAGUCGCUGGUUCAAACAGUGGAAAAAAUAUGUUGGCUUUGACAGCUGGGACAAAUACCAGAUGGGAGAUCAAAAUGUAUAUCCUGGACCCAUUGAUAACUCUGGACUUCUCAAAGAUGGUGAUGCCCAGUCACUUAAGGAACAUCUUAUUGAUGAAUUGGAUUACAUACUGUUGCCAACUGAGGGCUGGAAUAAACUUGUCAGCUGGUACACGUUGAUGGAAGGUCAGGAACCAAUAGCACGAAAGGUGGUUGAACAGGGUAUGUUUGUAAAGCACUGCAAAGUAGAAGUAUAUCUCACAGAAUUGAAGCUCUGUGAAAAUGGAAACAUGAACAAUGUUGUAACUCGAAGAUUUAGCAAAGCUGACACAAUAGAUACAAUUGAAAAAGAAAUAAGAAAAAUCUUCAAUAUUCCAGAUGAAAAGGAGACCAGAUUGUGGAACAAAUACAUGAGUAAUACAUUUGAACCACUGAAUAAACCAGACAGCACCAUUCAGGAUGCUGGUUUAUACCAAGGACAGGUGUUAGUGAUAGAACAGAAAAAUGAAGAUGGAACAUGGCCCAGGGGUCCUUCUGCUCCUAAGUCCCCAGGUGCAUCCAAUUUUUCAGCUUUACCAAAGAUCUCUCCUUCAUCUCUGUCAAAUAAUUAUAACAACAUCAACAACAGAAAUGUGAAAAAUUCAAAUUAUUGUCUCCCAUCAUAUACUGCUUAUAAGAACUAUGAUUAUUCAGAACCUGGCAGAAACAAUGAACAGCCAGGCCUCUGCGGCCUAAGUAACUUGGGAAAUACGUGUUUCAUGAACUCAGCUAUUCAGUGUUUGAGCAACACUCCUCCACUUACUGAAUAUUUCCUCAAUGAUAAGUAUCAAGAAGAACUCAAUUUUGACAAUCCCUUAGGAAUGAGAGGUGAAAUAGCUAAAUCUUAUGCUGAAUUGAUCAAACAAAUGUGGUCUGGAAAAUUUAGCUAUGUCACGCCAAGAGCCUUUAAGACGCAAGUAGGACGUUUUGCACCUCAGUUCUCUGGAUACCAGCAGCAGGACUGUCAAGAGCUAUUAGCUUUCCUAUUAGAUGGACUGCAUGAGGAUUUGAAUCGAAUUAGGAAAAAACCAUAUAUACAGUUAAAAGAUGCUGAUGGAAGGCCAGAUAAGAUAGUUGCUGAAGAAGCCUGGGAAAACCAUUUAAAAAGAAAUGAUUCUAUCAUAGUAGAUAUAUUUCACGGCCUUUUUAAAUCAACUUUAGUUUGUCCUGAAUGUGCUAAGAUUUCAGUAACAUUUGAUCCUUUUUGUUACUUGACACUUCCAUUGCCCAUGAAAAAAGAACGUACUUUGGAAGUUUAUUUGGUUAGAAUGGAUCCACUUACCAAACCUAUGCAGUACAAAGUGGUUGUCCCCAAAAUUGGAAACAUACUUGAUCUUUGUACAGCAUUGUCUGCUUUGUCAGGAGUACCUGCAGAUAAGAUGAUAGUUACUGAUAUAUACAAUCAUAGAUUUCACAGAAUAUUCGCUAUGGAUGAAAACCUUAGUAGUAUUAUGGAACGGGAUGAUAUUUAUGUGUUUGAAAUUAAUAUCAAUAGGACAGAAGAUACAGAGCAUGUGAUUAUUCCUGUUUGCCUAAGAGAAAAAUUUAGACACUCAAGUUAUACCCACCAUACUGGUUCCUCACUUUUUGGUCAGCCUUUUCUUAUGGCUGUACCACGAAACAACACUGAAGAUAAACUCUAUAAUCUCCUGCUUUUGAGAAUGUGCCGAUAUGUCAAAAUAUCUACUGAAACCGAAGAAACCGAAGGAUCCCUACACUGCUGUAAGGACCAAAAUAUUAAUGGGAACGGCCCAAAUGGCAUACAUGAAGAAGGCUCACCAAGUGAGAUGGAAACAGAUGAACCAGAUGAUGAAUCCAGCCAGGAUCAAGAACUUCCCUCCGAGAAUGAAAACAGUCAGUCUGAAGAUUCAGUUGGAGGAGAUAAUGAUUCUGAAAAUGGAUUAUGUACUGAGGAAACUUGUAAAAGUCAACUCACGGGACACAAAAAAAGACUAUUUACAUUCCAGUUCAACAAUUUAGGCAAUACUGAUAUCAACUACAUCAAAGAUGACACCAGGCAUAUAAGAUUUGACGAGAGGCAGCUUAGACUAGAUGAAAGAUCUUUUCUUGCUUUGGAUUGGGAUCCUGAUUUGAAAAAAAGAUAUUUUGAUGAAAAUGCCGCUGAGGAUUUUGAAAAACAUGAAAGUGUGGAAUAUAAACCUCCUAAAAAACCCUUUGUGAAAUUAAAAGAUUGCAUUGAACUUUUUACAACAAAAGAAAAGCUAGGUGCUGAAGAUCCCUGGUAUUGUCCAAAUUGUAAAGAACAUCAGCAAGCCACAAAGAAAUUGGAUUUAUGGUCCCUGCCUCCAGUACUUGUGGUACAUCUCAAACGAUUUUCUUAUAGUCGAUACAUGAGAGACAAAUUGGAUACAUUAGUUGAUUUUCCCAUCAAUGACCUGGAUAUGUCAGAAUUCCUAAUUAAUCCAAAUGCAGGUCCUUGCCGCUAUAAUUUGAUUGCUGUUUCAAACCACUAUGGAGGGAUGGGAGGAGGACACUAUACUGCUUUUGCAAAAAAUAAAGAUGAUGGAAAAUGGUACUACUUUGAUGACAGUAGUGUCUCAACUGCAUCUGAAGACCAGAUUGUGUCCAAAGCAGCAUAUGUACUGUUCUACCAGAGACAAGACACUUUCAGUGGAACUGGCUUUUUUCCUCUUGACCGAGAAACUAAAGGUGCUUCAGCUGCCACAGGCAUCCCGUUAGAAAGUGAUGAAGAUAGCAAUGAUAAUGACAAUGAUAUAGAAAACGAAAACUGUAUGCACACUAACUAAUGAAAGUCCUAGAAGCCAUAAAAGAGAGACUUUCCUGCUGGUGGUAUGAAAUGAUGAGGUUACCCACCACAUUAAACAAAAGUCUGAGAUGGGGAGUUUCAGAUAACCGAAUGUAAAUCCUUUAUCAGAUUUUAACUUGUGCAGUACUUGAAGUGAAACACAAUGAAAACUUUAACAGAAAUUGUCUCUUAAUACAUUUACAGUCUUGUAAUUACAAGCUAAAUAUAUAUAGGAAAUCACAAAUAAAUCCCUUUUAAGUUUG